AUGGUGGACCCGGCGGCGGACCCCGGCGAGGAGAGAUGCGCGGAUCCGGCGGGGGCGGCGGCGGCGGCGGCCCCCCCCUCUGCGGCCGUGUGCCAGUCGCCCGCCCCCCUCCCGGCGGCGGCGGCGGCGGCGGCGGCGCCUUGUGCCGGGGGCGGGGGGCCGGGGCGGGCGGGCGAGGAGUCGCCCAUGCUGCACCUGGACCUGUACAACUUCGAGCGCCCGGAGGCGGAGGGCAGCCGCUACGUGCUCACCAGCCCGCGCUCGCUGGAAGCGUGCGCCCGCAGCGCCGUCAAGCCGGUGGAGCUGCUGCCGCGGGCGCUGAGCGAGCUGGUGCGGGAGGCCCCCGGGCGCUCGAUGCGGGUGGCCGCCGGCCUCUACGAAGUCUACGAGAUGGACCGGCAGAGGAAGCUGCGGCAGUGCCGGGAGGAAAGGGAAAGGAUUAUCCGCGAGGAGAAGAGGAGGCUCUUCACGCCUCUCCCGGUCGGCAGCCUCCCCUCCUCGCCGGCGUCCAGGAUGGCCUUCAGAGGCACCGCUGCCGACGGGAGCUGCAGCCCAGCGGCUGGGCAGCCCAGGGCUGGCUGCCUUCCUCCCGCCGGCGCCAAGACCAAGAAGAGCCACUCCCUGGACUCCCUGCAAAAGAGGAGAGAGGGCUUCUCCACCAAAACCUCCUCCGACUCUGGUGCCUCUUCCUCCUACAGCGGGGACAGCUUUAAGGACAAGUGGCCCAAGGAGAUGCCCAGGACUAGGACUGCGGCUCCCGUGAGUUCCCUGGUGGGCCGGAGUUUCAGCCUGGGGGACCUGUGCCAUUCCCCGCAGACCGCCAAGAAAGUGGAGAAGAUCGUCAAGGAGGUGAAGAAGAAAGGCCUCAAGGAGGUGUCGGAGAGGGACCGGAAGAUCGCCGCCCUGAUGAUAGCCAAGCGCCAGGAAGAGAGCAUCUUGAAUGAACAGCGGUACAAUGCCCACCUCCAGUGGGACAGCCAGAGGAAGAAGGUGGAGCAGCGGAGGGAGCAGGAGGAGAAGGAGAAGCAGAGGGCCUUGAUGCAGUGCAAGAAGAUGUGGGAGUCCAGGCUGGAGAAACACCGUUGCAAGCUGACCCUGGAGCGAGAGGGGGCUGCCCUGUUGAAGCACAAGCAGAGCUUGAUGGAGGAGCAGAAGUGGCGGGAGCAGGUGGACAAGCUAGAGAAAAUGAAGAGAGAGAAGAUGGAGAAGUCCACCUUGGAAGAGAGGCAGAAGAAACGUCACCAAGAGCGCAACCUAAAGACUCAGGAAGAGAGCAAGAAAGAGGCCCUGGAACGAGAUGUCCAACUGCUGGAGGAGAAACUGUCUCUGGCUGCCCAGAAGAAGCUCAAGAAAGAACAGCUACUACAGAAGGAAAAGAAACUUCUCAACCAGGCUGAGAAGCGGAAGCACAAAGUCCUCCACAAGGAGCUGGCCAGGCAAGAGGUCGAAGAGAAGGCUUCGCUAAGGGCCUCUGUGGAAGGGAGUUUGAGCAGAGCUCAAGAGAACUAUGAGCAGCUCAUUGAGAAGAGGAACCAAGAAAUAAGGGAGAAGGCAAGGCGGGAGGAGCUUCAGACUCAGAGGGCGAAACUGGCAGCAGAAAGGCAGGACAAAGAGCAGCAGGAGCACUUGAAGGCCAUGGCCAAAGGUACAGAGCGGCAGCUCCAGCAUGCAGCUCAGGUAGCUGAGGAGGUCGUCCAGCAAAAAGCCCGCAAAGUGGUCCAAAGCCGGUUGGAAAAAGAGAAGAUACAGAAAUUCAACAAGAAGAAGGUGGAACAGUAUGAAGAUAUCCGGCGCAAGGAGCUCCUUCUGUCAAUUGAAAAAAAACUAGAACGGAGCGAACAGUUUUUUAAGGAGAGAAAAAAUGUCUUGGAAAAUGCCAGGUCUGUUGCUCGGGCAUCGUUCCAUGUCCGGGAAAAGGUACGGGAAGAGAUGAACAUGCGCACUUUUGACAAGAUGGCCUUUGAAGCAGAAUUGCAGGCCAGCCUGGUUAAAAAAUAAAAAAGGUCUUUUUUAUUUCAGGAUAAGUAGGGAUAUAUCUCU